AAAAAAAAAAAAAAAAAAACCAGAUUUUGAAGACUCGUUUGCACACACUAAAAUUCAAAGUCUUCUUUCUCUCUCUUUGAAAAUUUUCUCGCACUUUCUCACUGAUUUUCCGGGAAAAUUUCUGAUCAGUUUUACAAGAAUAGCCCACCGCAAAUCUUUCGUUCUUUAAUUAAUGAUGCGUCCUUGAUAUAGACCCUUGUUCUUAUAUGCUGACGCUUUGAGUCCAGAUAGAUGGCAAAUAAGGAAAAUGAGGAUUUCUAUUACAACCUCCCAAGGAAAGAGCUUCAAAGUUUGUGCAAAAAGUAUGGAUUGCCUGCUAAUAGGUCACAUUCUGAAUUGGCAACACUGCUGAUCUCCUACUUAGAGAACAAGAGUUUAAAUUCAAAAUCAUCCGUGGAAAGGGUAGGUGGGAUCAAUGGGGCUUCACCUCCUACGUCAUCAAUACCGCAACUGCAGCCUGGAGCGCUGUUCAAUCCUGCAGGGGAUGCCCGAAAAGAUGGCAAUGGAUUCAUAUUGUGUCUCAGAGAGGAAGAUAAAAAGGGAAAUUGCUCUCAAAAUAUUAAAUACCAUGAUAAGGAUGCUUUUGGUGGUUCAGUAUGUCAUCUUAAGGAGAUGUCCCACUCUCACAUUGUUUUUCAACAUGACAAAAGUGGUCUUAAUCAUAAUGAGACCCUAAGAGAAUGCCCUAGUAAUGCUUUUUUGGGUUUUGCAAGAGAUGGCACCGUGGAAGAUAUGCCCCAGAUUAAAUAUAGUAACAUGGAUGUUGAUGCAUGUCCUGUAGAAAAUGCUAUUGCUGCCUCUAUAAUAAAAUCUACAAGAGUUCCUUCCGCUUCUUUUGAGUUUUAUGUCAUGUCAGAAGAGGGGAUCAAUCUAUAUGUUGAUUUGAAUUCAAGCCCAUCAGAGUGGACUAAAAGAUUUAAGAAUGAGGUUUAUAUUUGCGAGGGUGUGCACAGGAACAAGUCGGGAAGUCUUCAUCAGGACCUUGGGCACUUUGGAGAGGCUAAUAAACAAACAGAAAAUUCCUUUAUAGGUAAUGUAGAUUCAGUCCAAAUCAAUGAUGGUCAUGUACUAAAAAGAUCUUCCCCAAGUUCAAAAAUGAUAGAAGAUGAUCAUAUGGGGUUUGAACGACCAGAUAAAGGUGAUGCAUCUUUACUGUCCUCUGCAAUAAUGUCUUGUGGCAUGGCCUUAGAUGAAUCAGAGAAUUUGAAGAAAGAUCUAGUGCUUAUCUCGUCCGAACCUAGUUCUAAUACACAGGACCAGAUAAAUUCUGCUGCUGAAUCUUGUGCAAAAGAUCAGUGUACUGUAAUCCUUGAUUCAGACAUCACUGACACUCUGCAGUUAAAGUCAGCAAGCAAUUCUGUGGUCAACUCAGAAUCCAAUUGUCCACUUAGCCCUCUCGCAUCAAAGGAUCAAAAUUCAAAAGGUGAUGAAAUUUUUGAGAACUCAACCAUGCAAAACAGUUGCAGUCUUGUGAACCCUAGUGUGGUAUAUCCUGGAAGUUCUGCAAGCGGUUCUCCGGAGAUGCCAACAUCAGACGUUGCAAGUAAAGAUGCAUCAACUUCAGCUUUUGAAACUGAUGGCUUGCUGGAUUUGGUUGAUCCUAAGCGCAAUACAGAACAAGGUGCAUUAGCCAACUCAAGUGAGCUUAAUAAUGACCUUUUGCCAACAUGUGUUGAAGAAUGGGAGAGGAGCAACAUUAUCAAUGGAAGGGAGAGUUCAGAAUGCUCACAGAUCAAUAACUCAGUCGAGAGGACUUGUAUAAGCUCUAAUGAUACAGAAUCUAAAGAACUUCACAAAAAGAGGAAACAUGUGGAUGGAGAAGAUCGAAGUCCCUAUGGUAAACCUGAUGCAAAGAUUUUAAGAAGCUCAAAUCAUAGUGCUCGUGGAGCAAUUCCUAGAAGAUCCAUGAGGCUGAUUUCUAAGUGAGUUCAGGCCAUUUAGACCACAAAAGAAGCAUUGGCUCAAAUGAAAACAUAUUUCAGUUUUUCUGUAGUGGGAGUACAGUCUAUAAUCUCUACAUUCUUCAGGGAACAUUAUACUGAUAUCCAUAACAAAACUACAAGGUAGUCAUAAAACUUAUUUUCUUUUCAUCUCUUAAAGUAGUAACAAAGUCAAUCAUUACUCUUUCAUUAGGAAAAUUCAUUGUUGCGGUGGUGUUGUAUCAGAAUUUUGAAAAGUGGACUCUAUUAAUAUUUUCAUCCUGGUGUCAUAAUUACAUUAAUUUAUUUUAUUUGUCGACAUGAAACCGUCUUUUUGCUACAUGAAUAUAGAAAAAGAGAACUUGGGUUGA